UGUGGCAAUUGUGGCUUUUUCAUCUAUAUGGGCAGAUGGUAAAUGUGUCUAAGAAAAAAUUAAGUCACCAGUAUAGCAAAUACUAAAGAAAUCUGACGAAAGCAAAAACCUCCAAAAUGUUUCCAAGAAAAAUCAAGUACUUCCUUGGUGAAAAGGGAUCGAAAAUCGACCACAAAGAAAAGUUGUUAGAAAACUAGAGAAUUUGGCAUCGGCGGAAUCUACUUUAUUGUUGUUCUGCACAGCUGUUCGAGUUUUGCGUCAACUGUUCGAUGCCAGGGCCUGGAAAUUCGGAAAUUGUUGCGCAGUACGUUUUUAAACUUUCCUUUUUCAUUGCCAUUUUGUUGACGGAGAUUAAAAGGUGCUUUUCUGCACUUUGCACAACAAAGGAAUGUGUUAGCGGACUAGAGAUAUGGAAAACCAUGGAGAAUGCUCUAAGCCAAAAAAGUCAAAAUGUUGCAGCAGCUGGGGACCGACUGGCGCCAGAUGGGCGGAUUUGCCAACCGUAGUGCUGCAGCAGAUUUUUCAGUAUCUCAGCCCUGAAGAUCGCAAAAAUGCCUCAUGUGUUUGUCGACAUUGGCGAGAAAUCUAUUUCCAUCCCAAGUGGUGGAAGGCGGUCACGUUCCGUAUAAAUCACGACAAUAUAACAAAAUCGAAAUUUCUGGCUUCAACUUUUGCGUCCAUUGUUUCGAAAGCCACUAUAAGCUUAGAAUGUUUGACGCCACAGUGUAUAGAUGAAUUCAUAGACCUGCUACGGCUGUUACACAAAAACAACCUUUUGAGGAGUCUGGUGAUUGAACCGUCGCAUUGUCGACUUGACGACUCCGUAGACUCGUUAAUAUGUGCAGGUGGAGAACGACGCAUAAUAGAAAUCAGGAAUUUAAUACUAGACGUGUUGCCGAAAUUAAGAGAAUUUAGUUUAGGAGGCUUGGAAGAUCUGGCCUAUUUCAGUGACUCCUUUCUCAGAAACGCAUCGCCUUCUAAAAUCACGUUGCUUGGACUAGCAUCGAUCAGAGACAACCUAGCAAUAAAUCAAAUGAAUUAUUUUACACCGGAUUUAAUGUCGUCAUUCAAAAAAUUGCAGAUUCUAAGUGUUGAUUAUGAUCAACUAUCCAACACGUUCCUACACAAUCUGAAGGAAUUAAAUGAUCUGCAAAGACUGAUCGUACAUGUACAUGCGAUUCCGACCAACCAUAGCGAGACCUCGAAUGAGGCUUGGAAGAACUUCAAAGUCGCGCAUCCCAAAUGUUUGCUGCGGUUAACUGUAGUCCACGCCUACAUGGACAUCCGCAAGUUGCAUCUACAAGUUCUGAAAGAGAACAUGCCCCUGAGCCACAUCAAAGUGUUUUUCUGCGAAUAUGUGAAUCUAGAGCUAUUGCACAUUUUAUCAAGAUUCUAUAAAAAUACUUUACGCAGCGUCAUGUGGAUAGAUUCGUUAAGUAAUGUGCCGGGCAGCUGGAAGUUCCUGAGGCCUUCACACAAUCCGGAUCCAUUAGUUCUCAUCACUUGGCUGUGCACCCAGUUCGAAGAACUAGUUUUGUAUGGUUACAAGUAUCCAGAAGAAAAUCUAGUCGCGAUCGGCAGGCUGAAAGGUUCCAGAAUGAAGAAACUGGAAAUUCCCAAGAAUGAUAUUGUGACCGAAUCGAUACGCUAUCGAGCAAAUCCGAUCAAGGAAGUGGAAAAAAAUCUAAAAGGCGCCUGGAAACCGAUCUAUUCUGGCGAUCUGCAUCCAGUCAUUAUUGAUCCUACAUUAGGAGAUUCGGAUGAGUUCUUACUGCCAUAUAUACUGGCAGACCUACAUUAAGCCAAAACAGUUAUUUAACAUAGAAACACCAACUUCUAUCCUCAAUAUUGUCCAUCAUGCCCGGUUAAGUUAUCUGGUUUUAAUUUGUUCAAAACACCUUUUAUGUUCCUUAAGGAGUAUCUGGCGGAAGAGAUUAGAGCUAGGCUCCGGGUUCGCUCAAAGUAUGUGUGCAACUAACUAGGCCAUCUUGCAGACGUGCCAUCCACACAUUAUUUUGCCGGUUUUAGUGUUUUACGACAGAAAAUCCAGUUUUACAUGUACAUUGAGUUCUUGUAUACACGGUUAUGGCUUUAAGCAAGUAGAUCUCACAAAAUGACAACAGUUGCAUGCAAAUAACAUUUCAAACCUAGUAAUAAGAACCAAAUCAUCUGUGAUCAAAGAAGUUUAAAAAUGAUACGAUCAAAGCAACGAUUAUGCAACAAAAAUAAUAUUUGUUAUCUGUCUGUUAUGAUAACUACUAGUACCUGUAAGAACGUGGCAUUUUCUCUUAAACUUCCGAAGUUAUUUUAAAACCGACACAAAAUAAACGGUUAUUUGCUUGCGGAAGAUGCAAUAAGGUAGUAGGUAUGGAAGUUUAGUUAAAAUACUUUAAAAACGAGUACCUAAGCAGAGAAAUAUAUACUGAUUCUUCUUAUUGGUUGUGCUAUAUUUCGAAAAAAUUCACGCCAUUGGCUAGUUACAAAGCAGCAUUAUCUCUUAAUUAUUUAAUAGAACUAAAGAGCGCUUUUUGACUAGGCGAUAAUGCGAAUUGCGUAGACUUUUUCCAGUAUUGUCAGUUUCAAAAAACUGUGUUAAAGUGUGUUGUUUAUAAUUGUAGUAUGCAAACUUUCAAUUUCUAACCGUUCAUCUGUUUUAACUGUUUGAUUGAUGAGAGGAGAAAUUUAUGAAAAUAUGUUUUAAAAACGGUUGACUAAGUCGCUGGAAUCUAGAAGAUUUUAAGCAAUGAACCAGCCACUUAAUACAACCAAUCGUCUAGCUUUUGUCAACGAUAAUUAACUGACUUAUUGAAGUGUUAAAGUGUUAUUUCUCAAGUGUGCUCAGUUACUUUACAGUUGUCAGCAGAAAUGGUUUUAUGCUUUAUUUUAUCACUUUAUAUAGAAACUGAGCAGCCUGUGAAGUAAUUUACUACUAACCAUCUAAUGAUGUUGACAUCAGCAACCGGAUUUGUGUCCGAACGUAUUAUCAGAAAAACGACACAAACGGUUUUGUAUUAUUAAUUGUAACCAUCGUUCUUAAAAUUAAGCCACAUGACCAAAUAUCUGGUUUAAUCACUGAGUAGUCAUUCCAGAAUAUAUCUAUGUAUAGGGAGAGCAAAUAUUAGGGUUAUUCUUGGCGACACAGGGUAUUAUGUCGGGCAAAGAACUGCAUUCUAAUGAUAAAUUAUUGACGUGCAUUACAUAGGUGUAUUUUUUUAAAAUCGCCCGUUCGAUAUACUGACGCGUUUUAUUUUAAAAAAUUUAAUAAUUUGGUUCGAUCGUCGCUGAAAGAACCAAAGCUUUCAUUUCAACUACAGGAAUGGAAUUUAGAUAAUCUAUAGUGGUACCAGCUCAGGAAUGACUUUAGGUCAUCCAAAAUGGAUCAAACAAAAAAUGUUUAUGGAUUUUAAACAGCAUUUAUAACCGUUAGGAACACUGUUCAUUACAAAAUCCACUUUAUUGGAGUGGUUACUUUGAUUCGUUAAUUGUUGGGUGAGGUCUUAGCUUAUCAACCGAAUAAUGGUCAACAAUGGCGAAAAAACGGUUUUAUAUUGUCCAUGAAGUAAGAAAAAAUAUUAAUUGAUCGUGAAAGAUUAUUAACUGGCUGUAAAAGUGAUUUUACAAGUUGGUUGAUACCUUAGUAAGGUAUGUUGGGUUAUAUUAAAAUUGAUUUAAAAAAAUUAUGAACUGACAAAAAAUUAUGGCAAAAGUUUAGCUUGGGCGAUUAAAGAAAAUCCAGAAUUUUUUGGGAGAAAGUAGUUGGUAUAAUUUGAAAAUUUUUUGCAGAUAAAUCAACCAAAAAUACAUAUUUUUUAUUAUUAUAUUUUUAGCAAAUUAUUUUUGUGACCACAAAAUGCAAUAUUAUUAGGCAUUUAUUAAGUAUCGAUAUAGCGGAAGAGAAACGCUUUGAUUUGAUAAUUUAACUAAAGAAAAGCGGUUUUAUGUGCCGAAUGAAUUAAAAAAAAAAACUGUAUAAAAAAGUCCCAUGAAAUCAAAAUAUGGAAAUACAAGACAUUUUUCAAUUUUUUUCACUAAAAUUAAACUUUUUGCUAUGGGCUCUUCUAAUGUGUCCGAAAUCUAUUCUGAAUUAAUAAGGAGAUUCCAAAUAAAAAUAAUAUUCUGGAGCAAUAACAAAACCCUGGUUUAUAGCGACUAUACUCUAUAAGCGACACUACAAAGUGCGUUAAUAAUUUACCAUUGAAUUCUAAAGGAAAACUUGUUGAAUGACUGUUGAGCCGAAUUUUCAGAGUUUAUUUAAACAGGGGGCCACAUAUCCGCAAACGACAGCUGAAAAGCUUGAAACUGUGAUAUAUUUUCGAAUGUGGAAGCCCUUUGCCAAAACGGUGCCGUGUUGGGCAUACACGCGCACAGGAAUGUUGUAUAUUUGCUCUCAAUUGGUAACCAGAAUGUAUUAAGAUCCUAGUAGUACCUGAAAGUAAAGUGAUAACAUAACUUACUCUAUUGCCAAUAUUAUAAAUCUUCAAUCUUGUCCAAACGUCUAAGGAAAAACGAUCUAUAUGUUAAAUGUGAUUGUGAGACUGAGUGCGCUUUUCGGUUCAUAUUUAGCGUGUUUUGUUUUUGGGUGGCAACUAAAAAACGUAAAUGCAUCUGUUAACUGAAUAACCCGAGAAAGGAAAAGCGCAUUUUAGCAAACUAUAUGUUGAGAUCAAGAGAUUCUCAAAGUACUAUCUGUGAUGUAUAACGGACACAUUGUAAACAGCGUACAUAUGUUAAAGAUCGCUCAAAAGUUGCAAUGAAAGUCUUGUGCAAUUACUCUAGCCGUCGCUAUUCCAGGCUACGGUGUUGAAUAUUAUAUUUAAAAAGAAUGCUGUGUUUAACUACUACUAACUGUUUUAUAAUGUCGAAAUGAAAACUUCUGUAGGGAAUAUCCGGAAUGUGUGAUAUAGGAAAGAUUGUGGUUUGUUCAUCGAGCGGUUUUGCGACAAUAAAGAUGGUUUAUCGAAGAGUAGAGAGCGCGUGAUUAGAGAUGAGUCUGGUUACUUAAUGCCAAAGUACUACUAAGUUUUUGUGAAUUUAAUGGAUUCAGUAUAAACUCAAUCAAAACGGGAGUUCUCGGUAAGUAACCAGACGAAAUAAGACAGUUGCAAAUUUCUGUUAAUUUUACUUUGUGCCUAUUAUUGAAUGUUAUUUUUAUUAUAUUUUAUCGCAACUGUCUGGGUUUAUAUUUUGCUAUAGGCUAACUGAACUCGACUAAGAGGGUUAGUGUUAUAAUAUCAUAUAUAUCUAUAUAUGUAUAGUAAUAAAUUAUGUCCUUUUUCGGCUGAUUAGCCAAAAAGUGGGACACUAAUGCAGGUUAAGUUAUCGACAAAGAGCACCUAGCAUAGUAAUGACUAUAUUUUUCCAAAUGGUGUCUCUUGAGCUGCAUUAGUUUACUCGCAUGAAGAUGCAUUAUUUCCUGUUUUAUUGGAAAAGUAGAAAAUCUUUUUGUUACUGUCCAUUGAUCGUUUAUCAUCAGAUUUCAAUGGGUUUCUAUUUAGAUGUUAAACAAUUUGAUUUUCGUUGUUUUUAAUCAAGAUACGUUAAGAGUUAUGGACUAGUGCACAACUGUUUGCAGAUAAUUCCAAAUUGUGCAUUCUUCUAAGUUGAUUUAAUUUCCUUGCGUUUCUCUUUCAGUUGUACUGCUUUCUUUUAACGUUUUGUUCUGUGAUAGGUAUUGUUUCUUCAACGGCAGUACUAUACAAAUAAAGGCAAAUCGAUUAAUAGUUUAGUACUAUAUGCAGCCGAGGCUUCUAGUAGUAUCCUACACAUAAGACUUCAUUCUUAUUUAUUUGCGCACUCAAAGUAUUUUAGAACUAAGAAAUUAUCAGUUUUUUAUCAUUAGAAAGUCACUGCUAAGCCUAGAUGUUGCGAAUUGAAUUAUCCUCAAAUAUCCCGCAUAUUUUAUAUCUACUUAAUCGUUAUUUUAAAGUGUACGCAUCAGAAGAAUUAUUUUUGAGUAUGUUGCAGAGUUUUAGUUUUUGUGAACGUAUUUAAAUAAGUAUGGUUUUUCAGCUGUCCUGAAAAUUUGAACAUCUACGUAGUUAAUUAGUUUUAGGUGGGUGAUGGUUGAAGGUUUUUUAAUGUAAGGAAACUUUGCCACAUUUCUCAUAAUUUGUCUGUAUAGUGACUUUUGGGCCACUCUCAAUCGAUAAUCCUAAUUGAGACUUACACAAAUGGAAAUUGGUUAAUAAUUUCAUUUUUGAAGAACAUGGAAUUGAAAAUUUCGGCGAUACAAAUAAAUACAAAGCCCGAAAUGUGCGUAUAUUCAGUUUUUAUUUGAAAACAGCUUAAACUGGGAUGUUUUAAAUUGCCCUUAUCACGGCAGCUGAAGAACUGUAUGGCAAUAUAUUUAAAAAAUGUUUAAUAUAUAAUAAAUAUGUUUUUUCAGUUGUCAUGAAUCAUUGAUAAAUUACUUACUUAAUUAGUUUGAUACGAGGGUUGAGGAUUUUAAUUGAAGGACUUUGUUGCUUACAAAGUAAGCUUUUGCACCAAAAAAAGUGCAUUGUUGGUUUAUUAUGUAAGUGAUAGCUCAUGCCUUUCUUCUCCACUUUAAAUACUUCAACUUUAUUGGUCCGACAUUUAAAAAAUGAAUUAACAGUAUCUGGAAAACCACAGUCUUGAACCCGCGCUUAAUUAAUUUUAUUUUAAACAUGUCGAUAAAAAGGCGAGUUUAUAAAUACUGCAAGAACAUAAUAAGCAAUUUAUGGCAGCUGAAAAACUGUAUUGUAAUAUGAUGAAUAAAUAUGUGUAGAAGUAA